UUAACCCUUCGCUAAACAUCUCUCUACAGAUGGGGGAAGCUCAUUUGGCAAAGCACAGAGAUCCCCAGGGAGGCUGAGAAUCGGCUUUGGGAUACGCUGGAAAAAUUCUUCAGUUGGGUCCACUGGUGGUAGGGAAAAAAGUCUGCUUUGGGGAAUUCUUGGCUUAAAAUUGAUUUGAAUCCUUAAAAUCUACAGAAAUCUUUGGUUUAAAAUCAACGGGAGAUAAUGAGAUGAAAUGAGAUGAAAUGAGAUGAAAUGAGAUGAAAUGAGAUGAAAUGAGAUGAAAUGAGAUGAAAUGAGAUGAGCUUUGAGGCCACUCCCAACCCCUUCCAUGAUUCCAUGGCCCUGCAGCCCAAAACAGAGUUCCUCCUGUACUUAGCAAGUCUUGUUCUUUCCUGGUUUUCUAACCUCCAUAUUCAAGAGUUAUAAAAAUAACCGAUUUUACACCACCUUUACAUCAUCUUUAUCUCCUUCGCUUCCCCUUUUCCUUCCCCCUCCAGUCUGCACCAACUCCCACCUGGAUCCCGCUGGCUCCUCGCAGGAGCUCUUCUAUCGCCUUCUCCUCAGGGUGUUUUUACCCACUAUAAAUUAAAAUAAAUCCAUGACCGUUCAUGUUUCUUCCUCCUGAUGGAGAAACUGAGGCACGGGAAGGGGAAAUGAAGCCAAGACAAAAAAAUACCCCAAGAUUUUACGGGAAGUCAGGACUUUUACUCUGGCUCCUAGUCAGCAUCUCUGCUUUCACUCCCAGAAGAAUUUGCUAUUUAUAGCUCUGCUUUGCUCUGUUAGAACAUAAUCAAAACCAUCCUCCCUCCAUAUGAGAACUCAUCCAGCGGCACUAACCCUCCCCGGGGAAAACUUCCCAAGAUCUGCAAUUCAGCCAUCCGAAACGCCUCCACAACGGGAAACUUCCACCGCCGGGACUCGGUGCACGGGACACGGGACACGGGACCCGCUCAGCCCUCCCCGCUGCAGCUCCGGGCACAGCUCGGGCUCCCUCCCGCUCUCAACCCCCCCCGAGUCAUUUCCUGCCCCACCGGACGGCUCAGGAAGGGCCCGCGGAGCAGGAGCGGAGCCGCUGCCGGCAGCCGACACCCAACGGAGGACGAUGAACUUGUGCAUCGCUGUGCUCCUGCUCCUUCAUUCCUUGACGGGGAAGGCAGAAGUCCAAGAUGACAUGGAGGAGAUGACACAGGAUUUAUAUGACUACAUGGCACAUUUAAGUAAUUACUAUUAUUCCACAGAAGAUUAUUACUAUGACAACAUCACGGCAACCCCUGCCACAUACAUGUAUGAGUUGGAUACAUAUGAGACAAGCACCAUUGGAGAGGUGGACUGGGAGAAGUGGUUUCCAGUAGAGAAUGCCACCACCAUGAUUUCAGGAUUACCAGACACAAAUGCUCCAGGGGAUUCCAGGGAUGUUGACAACAGUCAGGUGGGUGCUUGUCAGCUCAGGAGCUCUGCCACAGGCAGAGCUGGGACUUUCUUACUGAUUGAUUUUCCUUGGCUCACCAGGAUUCCCAGGAAUCAUUGGGACCAUCCCUGCAGGGCCACCUCACCCUCAUCAUCCUCCUCAGCUUCCUGAGUCUCCUGCUAUGACCCCCAGACUCCUCUUCCAAAGGUACUCUGGGAUUUCAACACUCACUCAAAGUGUGUCCUUUAACCCAGGGAAAUCAAAUUCUUUCUGAAGCAGCAACUUUCCAAAACAAUGGAAAGAUAACAAACCCUUCCAGGCGUCCAGAUGCGAUGCCAGGGAACUCACCAGCAGCUCUGAUGCCACUAAUGGCCUGGAGAGGCUUUCCAGGGCAUUUUCCCAAUGACCUCCAGGCAUUCAGUGGGACCUUCACAGGUGUGAGCAGCCAGGCACCUCCCACUGCUCAUCCACUCAAACAUCCCGCUCCAUAAAACCCUGGAAUGGUUUGGGUUGGGAUGAACCUCACAGGCCAGCUGGUUCCUGCCCAGGUUCCUCUGAAGCUCUGUCCCACCUGGCCAACCUUCUCCUACAGAUGGAACUCUCCAACAUCGCAGGAAUAUGCUGACCCCCGUCCUGCCACGCUCUGGAACCUGCUUACCUUUUUCCCUCAUUCCAGACACGGUGGCUGGGGUGGUGACCAGGACACUGUCAGGUGUUGACAAUGACAUCCUCUCCACGAGGCGUUGUCUCUGUUCUGGAACUGCGAGAUUUUGUGUCUGAGGUUUUGGUGGAGGGACGGUGCCGCCCCACGGCGCAAGCACGGAGAGCUCUGCAAUGCUUCAGUCCCUUCCUGUCUCCUCAGAUUCUGCUGUAAAUAACAACCUCUGUCAAUAAAAUCCCCAACACCUGGUGCACGGUCUCUCACAGUAAACAACCCGUAACCACCACCAGAACUGGCAUAACAAAUACAAACAGCGUGUGCAGUGCUUGUCCCAUCAGAAGGAUCUUCUCGAGCCUCUAAACCCAGCCAGGAACUCCCAACUUUGUUUCUUCCACAACUGCUCUUCACACCAUUUAUUUUCCGGAAACACCCACAGUAUCUGGGUGCGAUGAGAAGCUGGACCAGAAAACCUCCCACCACCCCAGCCCCCCAUACAGAGAGCAAACUGUUGCAGAAAUGGCUGAUUUUGGUCAAAAAAAUCAGUUAAAUACCUUUUUGGAGGAAAAAAGUGCACUCCCACACUCGGUGCCUACAUUGCUUUUCCUUGGGAGGGUUAACAGGAAGGAGGGAUGGAAAACUGGCCCAGGUGCACCCAUGUAACCCUAGAGGACAAAAGAGGUUGAGUCGAGCCAACAGGAGAUUCAUGGUGGUCACAGUCCCCAGAGCCCUUGGCUCCCUUCAGAAGCCUCCCAGACCCCGGGAGCAGGUACGACCCAUCCCACCCACCUCCUCUGCACCCACGGAGCAGCGGCGCCAGCCCUGGCCUGUCCCACCACUCCCAGGUUAUCCAGGCCCCAGCCUUGGAAAGAAAACUUCUGUUUCCUACGGACACGAAGAGGCUUGAAAAGGGCUCAGAAGCGUCUAGAGGAGAGAGACUAGAUACACUGCCUGGCAGUGCCACCUCCUGGCUCUGUGCUGCCAUAAAGAUGGAUUGAAAAAAGCCAAGAACACCCUGGAAAAUUAUUCAGGAUCACACAGCAGUGAGAUUUCCAAGCCUGGAGUGGAGUAAAAAGCAAUUAAAGGAAAAUAAAAGAAGUGGUAUGUUUCUAUAUACCAUCCCUCUAUUGCAGACAUUGAAAAUAAACCAGUUUGUUGUAA